CCCGUUGCGCCGGGGCGGGAACACGGAAGCGGGCCAUGGAAGAUACGUCAGGGACUCGUGAGCCCCGGGCCCGGCCGAGAGAGCGGGACCCAGCCCGGCACCCCCGCCCGGACAGAGACCGACACCCGGAGCGGCAGCGGGACAGACCCGGGGACCGGCGCGGGGAGAGAAACGGAGGCGGGCGGAGGGACGGGGACCGGGACGUGGGGAGGGACCGAGACUCCCGACAGGACAGACACGCGGCCGGGGCCCACCGCUCUGGUGAACAAAGGGUUUGGGAAAAGUCCCGCCAAAGCCGGACGCGGGACGGACACCGGAGGCCGACCUGGGACGCAGCCCCGCCCCCUUGGCCCACGCCUUGGGAAACCCCGCAGCCGCCGCCCCAGAGGAAGCAGGGCCUUGAGCGCCGCGGCCCGGAAAGUGAACCCACUUCAGGGCGAUUCCUGCCCCCAAACCCCAGGCUUGGAUGCAGGGAAGAGGAAUAUUACCAGUCAGAGGCUGAAGGACUCCUGGAAUGCCACAAAUGCAGAUACUUGUGCACUGGCAGAGGUGUGGUACAGAUAGUGGAGGUGAUACUGAAUGGGAUGGUUCUCAUGUGUAUCGUGGCCUCCUACUUUGUCCUUGCUGGAUUCAGUGCCAGUUUUUCCAGUGGUGGCGGCUUUGGGAACAACUAUUACUCACCGUUUGAGGGCAUUGAGCUGGAGCAGGUUCGGCAGCUGGACCAGCAGUACACAGUCCUCCGGGCACCCCUGAUAUAUGGCGGUGUGGUUGUUACUCUGGGGCUGGGUGUUCUCACCAUGGGUGUUUUAGUCCAAGGAGCCAAGAGUCUAGCCAAACUGUCGGGGAAGUGGCUCCUCCUGGAGGCCGCCUUCAGCCUCCUAGCGGCAGUGGGCUACUGCAUCGGCACUGGCACUUACCUCCACGUAGCCUUGCGGAUCAACUCCACGGACACCUGCAAAACGAGAGAGAGGCUCUAUGCCCGCAAGGGUCUCACCUGGAUGAACUGCCAGCUGGCAGGCACAGAUGGAGCGGCAGCUACCUUUGCUUGUCUUCUGGUGAUUAUGUAUAGUGUCAGCUUGGUGCUGGCCUUGCGGAGCUACCGAGAACAGAAGCACUACAGAGACAGCCGAGAACACAGAAAUCAUAACGAUGCACCGGAAUACCUGUGGUCUAGAACACUCUGAGGUCUUCUUCUGGAACCUAAAUGUCAACCCACCUCCCUUGUUUCUCUCAAAAAGAAGAUGGGCCCUUUAAAAUCUCACAAUAGACAAUGGCAGUUUUCACAUACUUGAUUUUAUAAGUGCUCCCUUUGGUACUAUUGUAAAGCUAGAUGAUCAUCUCAUUUUUCUAUCAGUAAGUCUUUGUUGGCUAAGAGCUUGAAAAAAUAUCUCCAUCUUUGCUACAAAGAACAUUAGAAGUUUGGGAAUAUACUCUUACAGUAUGGCUCUUACCAAAUGGCAAGGUAGUAAUAGUAAUAGCUAAGUAACCAGAAAAACUCUGAAAGAUGAGAACCUCACAUCUGAGGUAGCAGGUCCAGUGUUACCCUAGAAAUAUCUUGCCUAUUGAAACUAUUGAAUUCACAAAAAGAAACAUGCCAUUCCCCUCCACCCCUAUCCCGGGGCAAUUAUUUUAAAGCAAUUUUCAUAAAAUUGUUUGAGUUUUAAGCAAUUGCAUCCUGACUUUGUCCUGGAAGGAAACUGUUCUGCCCACAUAGCACUGCACCAUGACUGCAUGGGUCCCAGGCAGCCUCCGUCCAUUAGAGAAGGGAGGCUGGGUUCCUGGCACAUGAGCAGAGAUGCUUUGGGCAUGCGUGUUCCUCCUCAGGAUUCCUGCAGUUAGGGCUGAGACAAUGUUUUUUGCCAGCAUUCCAAGUUCUUUUUUUUUUUUGUUUCAAGUCAUUCAGUUGUUGGAGUUCCUUUGCCUGAAAGAGUUUUCUUUUAUGUGAGGCUUCCAAAUAGAUACAAUUCAUAAACUUCUUAAACUUAUUUCAAAGAUAAAGCAGUUAAUUUUACUAUACUUUUAUAAAGGCCGACUAGAAGCUUCUUCCUUUCUGCACUCCCAUGCCCCACAGAAUACACCUUCCUUCAAAGUAGAUUGUAAUCUCUCAGGACCCUGAAUCAUUUUCAUAAUGUAACAGAUCAGUAACACUGAAUCUUUUAAAAUAAAGUUCUUUCAAUAAUUUUGA